AUGGACGACGCCUGCGCAACCUGCGCCCAGAAGUACGACAGCGGUCUCGAUCCAGCAUCAGAAAAACCGCUGCUUCCAGGAAGACAUCUAGACUGCUGCGGCAGGUCGAUAUGCUCGAGAUGUCUUAACCAGAACAAGCGGUACGAGUCAUACUGUCCUUAUUGCCAGAUAUCUUCGGAGCCUUCGUCGUUGCCACAAGGACUACGAGAUCCGCCGGCAUACUCGAGUCUUGAUGAUCGAAUACCGACAUCCUCGAACGAAAAGGACGAGCUACCAGCGUACUCCCAGCAUGAGCCUGUGCGGACAACGGAGAAGGAGAGCGAACAGCCAGCACAGGAUGUGCUUCAUUUCGUGACGCCGGAUGACAGUAUACAAUCGCUAAGCUUAGCGUAUGGUGUACCGGCCAACGUUCUUAGGAAGACCAACAAUGUCUACCAGGACAAUCUACUGCAGGGACGGCGAACUGUUUUGAUACCUGGAGAGUACUACAAGGGUGGCGUCUCGUUAUCGCCAAGACCUAUCGAAGGCGAAGAGGAAGAAAUGAAGAAGCAGAAAUUACGACGGUGGAUGGUAGGUUGCAAGGUAGCAGAAUAUGACGUCGCAGUCUUAUACCUGCAGCAAGCAGACUGGAAUCUAGAAGCAGCGAUAGAGGCGUAUAAAGAUGAUGAGAGAUGGGAGAAAGAGCAUCCCAUCGAAGCGAAGCAAAAGAUCAAGAACGGCAAGGCGAAAGAUGCUGGUAUGAGGAGAUUUGUCGGAGGCGGGAAGUGA